UGCUACCAAAACGAACGAAAACGAAACGGAAAAUAACUUUGAACUGAACUGAAGAAAAGUAACUGGCAGCUUGUAUAUACUGAGGAGAAAAAAAACGCCUACACAUGAGAGUUGGAAAAAUCUGUGAAAAUUUUACAAUUUGCAAGUGAAAAGUGAAAGAACAUUAUCCACAAUUAAGAAAACAUUGAUUUGUGUGCAAAAUUGAAAAGCGUUAGUGAAAAAUUUAACAACAAAAAGGAAAAAUCUGUUAGCUACAUACGAAAAUUUGCCAACUACCUACGCGCGUAUGAAAAUCGAUAGGAAAACGACCAGCAACCAACGAGCGUUCAGCGGACGCGCAGAGUGGUAGCAGCAAACCAGCAACAACAACCACAACGGCAACUAUAGCAAACGCAAUUGUGUGCACUGCAUUAAAAGGGCAAACGCCAAACGCAUACAUCCAUACGCGUUCAGUGGCGACACACAGCCACACACACCGGCACACGCACCAUAUGGCAGCUGUGAAAAGCGAAAAUAAUCAAGUUUAAUUGCAAUUUUCUACUGGAUUUACAGAGCAAAUAACAGGAUUGCGUUGAACUCUGAACUUAAUAAUUUAAUUUCAACUGAAAUUGCGGUUAAAGUUGGCGAAAACGGAAGUGUACUAAGAACUGUAAGCUGUGAAAAAUAUGGCUAAGCGUGGUGCAAUCGCGUUGGCGCUGUUCGGUGCAGUGCUGCUCAACAUUUUGGGUCACUGCGAAAUGUCCGUUUACCCAGGGCUUCGUCGCAAACCGUUACGUCAAUUUCUGCAACAACCUUUUGAUGUGUCGUCCGAUUAUUUGGCGCAACUUAUGGAGGAGAAUGCACGGCGUCGUUUACAGCAAACGUUUGAACAACAAUUGGAGCGCAUCAAUAUGCAAAUGAAUCGUCAGCGACAGCGCGACGAGCAACGCGAACGUUUGAGUCAACGUUUGCAGCUGCUUGCCGCUGAGAAUGCGGAAGAGAAUGAGGAAGAGGGAGAGGCAGAAAUGGAUGUGGAAUCGACGGAAAUCGAUGAGGACACUUACGAUGCCAAUCGCAAUCAAUAUAAUAGUUAUAAAAACUUUAACAACAAUAACAAUAACAACAUCAAUCGCAAUCAAUACGUGGACCCGAACGGACUCUUUAGCUACAAAUACCCAUCACCCAAUAUGGUGGACAUGAACAGUGAGAUAUUACGCGAACGUAUACCUUUCGCAGUCGGUCCGGCCGAUCCACGUUUCUUCGAGCGUGACAGCGUCGAAAACGAAGAUAGCAACAAUAGCGAUGAGUUGGACUCGCGCGCAUUGGAUGACUACCAGGAAUUUGUACCAGCUGAAUCGCAAAACAUUGGCGCUAAAGUAGUAGCUGCCGCUACAUCUAAUGGCGAAGCCACAACGUUGGCGCCUGGUGAUGCUAAACCGCCCGUGCUCGCGCCAGCGCCUGUCGAAACUGCGAAAUUGGUUGAUGGAGGUGCGGCUACAUUCCAUCGCAUCAAACCGCAAAGCGCUGCUGCGGCAGCGGCGGUUGCAGGCGCUAAUGUAGUUGCGGCAAUGAAGCCCAACACAGAGGAUGUAGCAAAUGAGGACAGCAAUCCACGACACGCGCUUAUUGACAAGCUACAGAAGGAGGGCAAAGCGGCGUCCGUUAUCAAUAAUCACGAUGUAGCUGCUGCAUUAGAUGGUGGUGGUGAUGGCGGCGCUAAUAUGGUGGUGCGUCAACACUUGGGCGUAGACGGUGACAUAGGCAUGUAUUUAGUGGCAUUAAUUGCGGGUGUGAGCGCGGCCGUUACAGUGGGCCUGAUAGCGCUCUUCAUCGCUUGGUACACAUUGCACCGCAAAUCAAAGGCUGCAGCGGAUGUGGAAUAUCCGGCAUAUGGGGUGACCGGACCAAACAAGGACAUCUCACCCUCGGGCGAUCGCAAAUUGGCACAAAGCGCACAAAUGUAUCACUAUCAGCAUCAGAAACAGCAGAUAAUUGCGAUGGAAAAUCGACAGGCGGCGGAAGGUAGCUGCGGCAUGUCCGAUGUGGAAAGCGACGAUGAGGAGAAUGAGGAGGGUGACUACACUGUGUACGAGUGUCCUGGUCUCGCACCGCCAAUGAGCGAGAUGGAAGUGAAGAAUCCAUUGUUCUUAGAUGAAACGCCAGUUACGCCAUCGAGCAAUGUUACCACCGCAUCCAACACGACCACCACUUCCACUCCAACUAUUAGCAACAUAACACAUGCAACGCCACAACAACCACCCACACAACAAUUCGGUAAGAAGCCCACUUACAAGGUUGUUGUUGGUGCUGCACCCAAUCCCAAAGCUACCUCAGCAGAGUCUACGUCUUCCGAGGAGAAUAUCAAGAGGAAGAAGAAUAAGAAGUAAGAGGCUGCUAACUAUUGAGCAAAGGAGCACCAACAGCAACAGCAACAGCAGCAGCAGUAGCGAACUUUGUGAUGUUAAAUUGAAAAAUGUAUUAUGAAAAAGAGUUGCCCCCCAUCAAAGGUAGGGUAAGAGAAGGAGAACGGAGAACACAUUAGAAAUGGGGUCGUGAAAAAUAAGUGAAAUUAAUUUGUUGGUUUAUAGAUACUUUCAAAGCGUAAAAAUAGAAACCACUACCACCAGGCCAAUUAUCACAAUAAAUUGUAUAAAAAAAAACAGGUAUUAGAAAAUAUAUGUGCAACAUAAAUGUUUGAGAACCAAGCGCGUGGAGCUUCAAAAAUAUUUACUUAUUCACGAAGGUAUGCACGAAGUCUACAUAUGAGCCAUCGCUGGCAAUGUAAAUAAUAGCAUAUUUGCAGACGAAUGACUUAUGAACCGUUGUUUUUAGUGUUAAUGAAAUGAUGAAACUUAUGAUUAUAUCGAUAACAAACUUGGGUUUCGAUACUAUGCAAAAAAAAUUUAAAUUUUUAAUAUUUAAAAACAACUUAUUUUGUGUAAGGUUGAAACAAAUUAUUGAAAAAUCUGGAUUUAAUUAAAUUUUAAAUUCGUUUCCUAAUGGCAUGUUUAUAUUCAUAUAAGAACUAUCGCAUUUUGAGAUUAAUUUUAAGCGAAAUACGUUUAAGAGCCAACUUAAGUUUUCCUUACUGUUUUUGAAUUGGCAAUUAUUGAACUCUAAAUGAGUAACAAAUGUAUUCAAAUGUAUUUUAUUUUAAAAAUAUCUACUAUUUUUUACUUUUUCAAAUUUUAUUUUUAGUAAAUUUACUAAUUUCUACUGUUAGCCAAAAUAAAUUUAAAAAUAUUUACUAUUCUCCAUUGUUUUUUAGUUUACUUACAAUUUUCAUCUACUCCUAAAGAUAGCAAAGUUAUCGUUAUAGAUUGACACAGAAUACAAACAGUUACCACGGCUCAGAGAACAGAAGAUUGCGCAUAUCACGACACCGUUACUCAGCUCAGUUAUUUUGACAGAAUCAGCUGUUAAGCGAACGUAAUUGUAAAGCUUUGUUUACGUUUUCGAUUGCUUUUCCCUUCUUUGCAUUAACAUAACCUCACUUCUAAUUUUUGUUUACAAAAUUUUACUUUUUCGACAUUCUCUUGUUAGUUUUUUGGCACACUUCAUCGACAACUUCGUCGCGGCAAAGUUAUAUUCCUUCUUUUCCCCUUCCAUCUACGUAUGUAUGUAUAAUGUAAUAUAUAUUAUAUCAUUAUUGGCCAAUUACCUUUUUGGCUAUGUCAAUUACUAUUGCCUUUCAAAUUAUAAUUUGUAUUACAUUUUGGCAACGUAGCUGCAAACCAAGUAUAUCAUCCAAAAGUAAGCAAAUUAUUUCUAAAAAAGGAGACAAUACAUCUCCCAGUAGGAAUGUAUCUACGAGUCCAAGCCCUUCUAUAAAAAAUACUUCCUUUUUUCCAAGUCAAUCUUUUCGAGGUGAGUAAUGUGUUCACCCUUUAAGAAGGACUGGUUUCUUCAAGGGCUGCAAUAACUUUUUCUAGAGACUCAACAAUUUGGUGUUCGUUAUCAAGUUUGCUAUUCAUUUU